GGGACGGUGCAGCUCCAGCCGGAGCCGCCCCCGCCGCUGCCCCCACGGCUGGACUGGUUCGUGCACACGCAGGUGGCGCAGCUGACCGCCGAGGGGAUCCCCGAGUGGUUCCACGGGACCAUCUCCCGAGAGGCUGCGGAGAAGCUGCUGGAGCCCCAGCCCGCGGGGUCCUUCCUCGUCCGGGUCAGCCACAGCCACGUGGGCUACACGCUCUCCUGCAGAGCCCCGGGCUGCUGCCGCCACUUCAUGGUGAAGCUGCUGGACGACGGCCGCGUCUCCGGCCCCGACGGGGAGGCCCACGCCUCGCUGGACGCCCUGGUCACCCACCACCAGCGGACGCCGCUGCGGCCCCACGGGGACCUACUCACCCAGGCCUGCCCGCAGGUGAGGGCCCGCCCGCCCUCCUGA